AUGGCUCGUUUCGCAUUUUUCGCAUUUUUUGCACUUGUCGUGGGCUCUCUAUGUGCAGCCAAGCCUACUGAACAGGAGACACUCGAGGACCUGACUCUGAAGAGCGACAGAUGGGACUGGACUGACUGCGGUACACCCCAGCACCUCGUGCACAUCCAAGAUAUCCAAAUCACUCCUGACCCGCCCGUCAAGGGUGAAGCUAUGACCGUGACGGUUAUAGGAACUGCAUCCUCCCAGAUUGAGGAUGGUGCAUAUGCCGAUGUCGUUGUAAAAGUUGGCGCCAUCAAGAUACUGCAGAAGGAGUUCGACGUUUGCGAAGAGGCCCGAAACGCGAAUGCCAGCAUACAGUGUCCGGUGGCUGAGGGCAAGUACACCGUUACGCACACCGUGGACCUGCCCAAGGAGAUACCUCCUGCUCCGUUCGCAGUGAGUGUACGUGGUUACACAGUCGAGGACGAAGACUUGGCAUGCGUCGACAUCAAGAUUGAUUUCAGGCCCAGGCGGGGUCUACUUGGCUGGUAGACUUGCGCAUGUCAGACUGUCCUGGCGAGGAAUUACUACGCUUUCAUGAUCGUUAUGUCCUUUGAUAUCCAUCGCAUGUCUUGUGUUCUCGCGAUUCUGUAGUCCUGUAACGUGGAGACGAGUAUCAAUCCCAAGUUAGGAAUGAUCUGUGCUGAGA